UGCAGUACCGCCCACAGCGCUGUGGAAUCUAAUAGGAUAUAUUGAACAAUUCGGAGAGACUAGUGCGUUUUGGGAACGAAUCAAAUCUGGAAUCUACUGCGUCCUACAUACUUAAUUCCGUGGACAGCCAUUAAACUGGAAAUUACAACAUCCUUCAUCCUAACUGUGCCUUGCAUCCAGAAAUGACGUCCCAGACCCUUGACCUGUCACAAGUCAUCCCUCCACGAACCCUGGUCCAUCUGGCACGGGAGUGGCUUGCAGAAGAUACACCAAACUUUGAUUUUGCUGGGGUAUGUGUGGGAUCACAGGAGGUCAGGGCCACUCUCCUUUGUAAAUCACCGGGCAGCGUACUGGCAGGAUGUCCUUUCUUCAGUGCAGUCUUCAUGGAGCUUGGCUGCGUUGUGGAAUGGAUCUAUACUGAAGGACAAACAUUGGUUCCAGUACUCAGCUACACUGGGGGCCCACCCUUCCUUUCAUCAAGCCACCCUGAUUUGCUUCAGUGUGGUAUGGAAUCAGUGACCCAGACAGCAGUGGUGAGAGGCCCGGCAAGGUGUGUCUUGCUGGGAGAGAGACCAGCCCUCAACUGCUUGGCUCGAACCUCUGGGAUUGCUACUCGUUGUCAGCAACUCCUGGAUACAGCUAAGACUGCAUGUUGGGAAGGUCAACUAAGUGGCACCCGCAAAACCACACCUGGCUUUCGACUUGUAGAGAAGUAUUCCAUGCUUGUGGGAGGUGUGUCGAUGCACAGACAUGAUCUCAGUGGAAUGGUCAUGCUGAAAGAUAAUCAUGUGUUGGCAUCAGGAAGUAUUGCACAGGCAAUAAGGGAUGCACGCUCAGUGUGUGGCUUCAGCAGUAAGAUUGAGGUUGAGUGUGGGAAUUAUGAGGAGGCUAGAGAAGCAGCCAUCGCUGGAGCUGACAUCGUCAUGCUAGACAACUUCACCCCACAGGCACUACACAUGGCAGCUCUCUCCUUGAAGCAACAGUUUCCCUCUGUGCUGAUUGAAGCCAGCGGUGGGGUGACUCCACUCUCCCUACCUCAGUUUUUCUCCCCACAUGUGGAUAUAAUCUCUCUGGGCUGUAUCACCCAAGGGUGCCCCACAGUUGACUUCUCCCUCAAGGUGCAGGGAAAGCUCCCCAGUAACUGACAUGUGGUCCAUGGUAACCAACACUUUAAAAAAUAGCCAGUGCACUACCAACAGCAACAGUUAGGACGUUUAUACAACUACAAAUGGGGGGAGCUUUCAAAAGACUAAACAGUAUAUUGGAUUGUCCAGAUAUUACAGAUCACUUGUGUUAAAUUUUUACAGCCUGUUUAUUCUGUUAGUUACAUGCCAAAGAAAUAAAA